GAAACCCAUCUCUUUCGUUCAUUCUCCUUCUUUUUCUUUUCUAAAAUUUUCUUCCCAGAAUCAAAAAAGGUCCCAUCGAAGUAAAAUAAUUGAAGACAUCACAGGAAAAGGAGAAUCAGAAUAACACUUGCUUCAUAAACUACAAUCUCAAAUGGGUCUGAUUCAUUAUUCUUGAAAACGAACCGAGGAGCAAAUUUCCUUGUUCUAGAACCACCCCCUCCCCCCACCCCCGCCUUUAUUUUCAUGACCAAACGGCCUAAAUCUGCGGGCAUUCAGAUUCUUCGCAUUUGUCAUGUUUCUUGAAUUAUUUGAAAAGAGGAAAAAGAUAAAAAGGGUUUGAUUAUUCGUAAUGGCCGAGGUUCCCGUGGAGAAAAUCGUGGAGAUUAAGGGAGAAGAUGGAGAGGGGAGGAGUGGCAUUGUUUCUGGUGACGAAUCCUCGAAUUCUGACGUUACUGUCGAAAUCUCAGAUAAGAAUACGAGUUCUAACUCCUCAGGAUCUGCUGACAGGAAUCUGUAUUCACAUAAAAUCGAGUCCAUGGAAAAAUCACAAGGUAAUUUGAAUCCUUCCACCGGCGAGUGUACUGAGAAUGAGAAGAACAAGCCACAUCACUCCUUUACUUUGUGGGUGAAGAAGUUUUUAGAUGAAAAAGCCUCCCCGAGGAAAAAGCUUAAAUGGUUGAAGCGGUUUGCAACAAUUCAAAAUGAUGGCACUGUAAAAUUUGAUCUUCCAGGCGACAUUGGACAACAGACCCUUGAUUUUGGUACAGAAACCAUAUCCCAUGAUGAUACAGAUACUGAAAAAGAUGCACAAUUUCUGCGUCCACUUCAAAUUGUCAUGCUAAUUGUUGGAACAAGGGGAGAUGUACAACCAUUUGUCGCCAUUGGAAAACGUUUACAGUCGGAUGGUCAUAGGGUGAGACUAGCCACUCACUCAAAUUUCAAAGAAUUUGUCAGGUCUGCUGGAUUGGAAUUUUACCCCCUUGGUGGAGAUCCGAAAGUCCUUGCUGCAUACAUGGUAAAAAAUAAAGGGUUCUUGCCAUCUGGACCUUCUGAAAUACAUAUUCAACGGAACCAAAUAAAAGAUAUCAUCUUCUCCUUAUUUCCUGCGUGUACAAAUCCUGAUCCCGAAACCGAUAUUCCAUUCAAGGUGGAUGCUAUAAUUGCCAAUCCCCCUGCAUAUGGACACACACAUGUUGCUGAGGCAUUGAAUGUUCCAAUACACAUAAUUUUCACUAUGCCGUGGACACCCACAAGUGAAUUUCCUCAUCCUCUCUCUCGCGUUAAGCAAUCAGUUGGAUACCGAGUAUCAUAUCAAAUUGUUGAUUCUCUAAUAUGGUUGGGAAUACGUGACAUGAUAAAUGAGUUCAGAAAGAAAAAACUAAAACUACGGCGCAUAACUUAUUUGAGCGGUUUCUAUAGUUCUCAUCCUUCAGUUCCUUAUGCGUAUAUUUGGAGUCCUCACCUUGUUCCAAAACCAAAAGAUUGGGGAGCGAAUAUCGAUGUGGUGGGGUUUUGCUUUUUGGACCUUGCUUCAAGCUAUGUACCACCAGAUUCACUUGUGGAAUGGCUAAAUAAGGGCCCGAAGCCAAUUUACAUUGGGUUUGGAAGUCUCCCUGUCGAAGAACCCGAAAAGAUGACUGAAAUAAUCGUUCAAGCUCUUGAAAUUACCGGGCAGCGUGGUAUCAUAAAUAAAGGAUGGGGCGGCUUGGGAAACUUGGCAGAGCCAAAAGAUUUCGUCUACUUACUGGAUAAUUGUCCCCACGAUUGGCUGUUUCCUCGAUGCUCGGCUGUGGUCCACCAUGGAGGUGCCGGAACUACAGCUGCCGGUCUUAAAGCUGCCUGCCCGACUACGGUAGUUCCCUUUUUCGGAGACCAACCAUUUUGGGGCGAGCGGGUACAUGCCAGGGGAGUAGGCCCGGCACCUAUCCCGAUUGAUGAGUUUUCGCUCGACAAACUGGUUUCCGCCGUUCGGUUCAUGCUGGAUGCUAAGGUGAAAGAACAAGCUGAAGAACUGGCGAAAGCGAUGGAGAACGAAGACGGUGUUGUAGGGGCAGUGCAAGCCUUUUACAAACACUUUCCGGACAGGGAGAGGGAGGUCGGCCAGUGUCGAAAACUGCGGCCAGAGUCAUCGUCGUCGGUUCAUUUCUUUUCGAUUAGACAUUGGCUUGGCUGUUCGGGGUCGGGGAUGGACCAUAACCAGCAUCACUGAGGCAUCGAUGAUCUUCUUCUUCUUCUUAAUAUUCUUCUUUGUUGAGUUUAGUUUCUUCUAAUCAUUUAUAUGAAAAUGUCAAAAUGCAUCAGUGGGACAUGAUAGAUAUCAUAUGAUGGAUGAACAUGGGUACAUUUCUUUUGCCCAAAAUUCCAAAUUUUUACUAUUUGGACCUGUGUUUCUCUGUACAAUUUGGGCUGAUGGUAUUUAUUUAUUUAUUAAUUUAGUUGGAGAUCGAACAAGGCAUGUGCCUAAUGAGAAUGUAGGUGUUUAUUUGACAUUGUAUUUUGAUUCACUUAAAGCAAAUUUCAAAAUA